AUGGGAGACAACACUGGAAAUGUUGCAGUUGCACAAACUGGAAAUGCUAACCAGAUUGACCCUAGUAACCCACUCUAUAUUCAUUCUUCUGAUUCACCAGGAUGUAGAUCUGCAAUGAUUAUCGAAACUGGGAGUAGAUGUAAUGACAUGGUAACUUCAUGGUUACUUAAUUCUCUAUCAAAGGACAUAGCAGAUAGUGUCAUUUACUCUAAGACUGCUAAAGAUCUUUACACAGAUCUGGAACAAAGAUUUGGACAAUCAAAUGGUGCUAAACUCUUUCAUUUGCAAAAAGAGUUAAGUGACAUUGUUCAGGGAAACACAGAUGUGGCAGGAUACUUCACUAAAAUCAAAAGGCUUUGGGAUGAGCUAGAUUCAUUGAACACAGACAACAAAUGCAGUUGCAACUGCAUCUGUGGGGGAAAGGAAAAGCUAACUAAGUCUCUAGAAGAUGAGAGAUUGAUUAAGUUUCUCAUGGGGUUAAAUGAAACCUAUGGUCCAGCUAGGAGUAGCAUCCUCAUGAUUAAGCCUUUGCCCAAUCUCAACCAUGCCUACUCACUGCUUUUGCAAGAAGAAAACCAAAGAGAAUCAUACAUCAGUGCUAAUGUGUCUACUGGGACUGUGUCUUUUAUGGCAGGAAAACAAGCAUAUGGAACUAACCAAGCUUAUGCAGAAAAUCAAAAUCAUGUCACCAAUCAUGUCUAUGCAGCACACAGAAACAAACCAUCUGGUCAAGGGGUUUGGGAAAACAAAUCACAAACAAGGUUUCAACCUAAACAAACCAACCUGUUUUGUACCUACUGCAAGAAAACUAAUCAUACCAGGCAAGGCUGUUACAGAUUGAUUGGGUUUCCUCCUGAUUUUAAGUUCAUAACAAAGAAGAAAGAAGAACCAAUCAAGUGCUAA